AUUGGACAUAUUGAGGUCAGUUUGACUGACUGAAAAUUCAAUUCAUCAGCUACGAUGAGACACUAUUAACUAGAGAAUAUUUCUUAACCACAUUCAGUACAACAGUUAUUUCCCUUGAAACAAAUCAAUAAUGCAGCGAUCCUGUUACAGUUCGAUUACUAGGUCAUACGUGUUUACACGUUUUCAAACCAAAUUGUUUCUACUUACAAAAUGACCUUUAUACUUUUGGAUUAUGUUUUGCUUUAGCUUGAGCUUCCGUUUUUCUUAUACAAGACACAUUAAAAUAUGAGUUAAGGUUACAAAACGCAAUCUCUAAUGUUUACAAACAUGAUGUUUACGAAAACGAACUGUAUCAUGCGUGUUGUAAAUCUAAAAAUAAUUGUAUAGCGUGGCAACGACAGUUUAUUGAUCAGUUUAUAUAUGAAGGAGUGAGCGUAGGAAUAUACCCAUCCAGGUUUAAAUUAAGGUUACAAUCACAUGAAUUUUUGAAAAAUGGCGACAGGUGGAAAAUCACAAAUCAAUGCCUCUGACGUAUUUCACGAUUUUACAUGUUUGCCUUGUCUAGACGGUGGCAAAAACACGGAAGCGGUAUUUCAUUGCAAUGACUGCCAGAUCUUCUAUUGUAAAAGGUGUGUUGUGGGUCAUAAUACAUUCACCAAAAAUCAUAAUGUAUAUGACAAGAUGUCGAAACUUUUUGGACAGUGUAAUUUACAACCAAAGUCUUUGUCUUCAAGUGAGCUGCCGAUGGAUGUAUGUGAGGAGCACCAUGGGCAAGUGAUACAGAUGUUCUGUAGACAGCAUGAUAUUGUUUGCUGCACAGUUUGCAUAGCCGUAGAACAUAGAUUCUGCGAAGGUGUAGAAUAUAUUCCGAAAAUUGCUAAAGGGCAUCUGCAGGACAAAAGGAAAACUAAGAUGUCUUUGGAAGAAGUAAAAAAUGAUUUGCGAAAUCUAAAGUCCAGAAUGGAAAAUGAACUGAAAGAGUUUAAGAUUCAAUACGACGGUGUACUUGGUGAAAUACGGACGUUUAAGAAGCGCUUGAUUGAACGAGUUGAGGACUUGGAGAAAAAGUCAGUUAAAGAAUUACAGGAAAGGUAUAAGCAGAUAGCUGACGAUAUAAGUGUUUGCUGCAAGAACAUUGAUGGUAUUCUAGAUGAUACUGAAAAGCGAAUUGACAAGCUCACACAUUCAGAAAACAACAAUGAAGCUCAAUCUUUUGUGAAUAUUAAAUAUGGAGAAAGGCUGUUUUCAGAUGCAAAUGCAUUCCUAAAACAAGCAUCUUCGAGAAAGAUGGGGACUUUGGAAUUUGAGACGAACAGAAGUAUGGAGACUUGUCUACGUCAGGCCCAGUCACUUGGAAAACUUACAGUAUGGACUACGGACGACAUUGUUGAUGCAAAGCCUAUUCGGGGUGACGGUAAAACAUCAUUAACUUCAAUGUCUUCUACCGUUGGUAUAAAGGGUCAAAAGGGUCGUGACAAAGCCCAAUGCGGUAAGAGUGUUGAAGCCCAGCCUUUACCUAUGACGUGCGCACCAACUAACUCGACUGGUUCAGAAAUGGGUCGAAUCAGUAUCUUUCCUACUACUGAGACAAAACGGGGACAAUAUGGUUGUUUUGAUAACUUCUACGCAGCUGGGUGUCAGGGUCCUCCGAUCAGUAACUAUGGGGUUCAGCAAGGGCUCUCAACUAGAUCGUUUAGUGGACCGACGCAGCAGAAAGGGUUUGGUACAAUGCCAUGGAAUGAUUUUGGAGGGCAGCAAAGACAAAUGUUUCAACAACAACAGCCACAAACACGGGAAUUUUAUUGUUCUUCUACAUCAGUCUCAUCAGCUGCAGUUAGCUUUUUCCUGUACUUGCUAAAAUAUCUGUUUACAAAUUAUCAAAUAUUCAAGGUUUUGCUUAUCGUCUCAUUUAGCACGAUUCAGAGUUCAGAUGCGCUGGAAAUGAGUAUCCAAGCAUCUAAGCUCAGGACCGUGGUAAUCAGUCAACAAACCACAAUAAGGUCUUGGAAUGUUAUAACUUACGUCAAAAUAUUUCCUUGUCGGCCUCCGCACCGAUCGUUAAUUAUCGCGGAAUAUACAACUUUUGAUUUACUUCUUUGUGUAACUGACAAAAUAAACGAACCUACUUAGAAUCUUGUUUAAGUUAUUAAUUUGGCUUCUUCUGUAUUUUCUACCGUUUUGAAUGUUGAAAGUAAUUGUUUUAAUAAAGCAACUGAAGGAAAGAAAGAUACUGAGAGAAACAUUUAUUUGCCAAUUAUAAUUUGUCUUGUGGUGGUAAAAAGUAAUCGUUUAUGUAUUCGGUGCUCAAAAUUACAGUGAAUAGUAUAUAACAGUCAUUUUGUAAGUUGAUGAAAUAAACAUGGACCUGGCAUACGGAUAGAAAUAUCCUGUUUAAAUAUCGACACAUUAGUAGUUAAAAACGACAAUAUUUUUUAUAUUAAACAUGACACAAAUAUAAAAAAUGAUAACAUGUUGUGACGUAGAAGACUUCCAAAUGAUGCCAUCAUAUCAUAGGCAAAUAUCGCAAAAAAAACCCCACUAAGGUCUGUGCAUGUUAUUUGACAAUAUGUUACAUAACAUGUUGAUUUACAGUCAUGGAUUUAUAAAAAAUUACACUGUACAAAAAUUAUUUUUCGCAAAAAUCAUACUUUCAUUAUGAAAACUUGCAUAAUGUCCAUAUUUUUCAAAUCAGACUAGCAAAACUUCAAGAUCCAUAUCUUAUUUAUUUGUUCAAUUUUCAA